AAGCCUUGAAGACCUCUCACGGACGAGAUCCUGCAGAAACAGUUUCUUGGAACAGUUUCAGAACCAUCCUCUUGUCUCUCUCUCUCUCUCUCACUCUUACUUUUCCAUUAGAUUCACUUGAAGUCUUGUUAAACUAUUGACUUCUUUUUCUCAUAGGGUUUGAGCUUGCUUGACUACUUUUCUUAUGUUUCCAACGAUUUCUCUCCAUCCAAACAUGCCCACAACCUCAAUUCUGGCUUGUCUCAAUUGGGCUCCGGGAACACUGCACAUUAAUUAGUUUUUUUUCAUUUAUGUUUUUAGUUGAGUUUCUGUUAUUCUCCUUUACUUUUGUCGCUAUCAGUACGGUCAUACCCUCUAAUUCUUGCUAUUAAAGAAGCGAAAAACACAAAUUUAUCCAUGUACCUCAUGUGGGUAUUUAGUUACCGCAUCAAAAAUUAAAAUUUUCUGAGAUUUCCCCUCUCAUUCUCAUGGUCCGGGACAUAUAAUUUUAGAUCCGUGGAAAAAUAAUGGGUUUUUCGUUUAAGCUUACAAGAAAAGGUAAAAGGUAUCGUCCGGAACCUUCUGUUAAUUCAGGGACUUGUGUAGAUGAAGUUUCGGAGGCUUGCUUAGAUGAUGGUUCAGAGAAUUCAAGGCCAAGCUCGCGAAUUCGGAAGUCAGAGGGAGAGGAUGUUGGAGUAUCUCACUGCAGUGAAGGGUUCGUUAAAUCUACAGAUCAAGAAGCUUCUGUUAUACUGAACCUGUAUACAGAUGGAUUCUUUAUUGAAAAACCCUUGGAGAAAGAAGCUAUGCAACAAGUUCAAGAAGCUUCAAAGAAGUUACUUCCCUAUGAUAAAGCUUCUGACAUUUUUUUAGUGGCUGUGGAGUCUGGCCAAUUGCCUUUAGAUUUUCCGGAUACUAUUACUGGCGAAUAUGUUGGUGGAAGACUCAUGUGUGAGGUGCGAGAUUAUAGAAACUGUGAAUCUGAGCAAGGAUCUACUUCUACUUCUCCACCUAUGCCUGGCUUCCCUAUUGCUAAGAAAGUACAGCUUCGGGUGACUUUGGAGAAUGUAGUGAAGGAUGUCUCUUUGGUCUCGGCUGAUUCUUGGUCAUAUGCUGAUCUUAUGGAUGUGGAGUCUGAGAUAGUGAAUGCUAUGAACCCACAGCUCUGUCUAGAUCCUACUCUCAAAUUGGAUAGGCUUUCUACUAAAUCAGUUAAUGAAAAGCUUGAAUUAUCUCUCAGAAGUCUACGAAAAAAGAGAUAUAGGCAGAUGCAAGAAGCUAACAGACUUCCAGAAAGCUCCCAUAGCAGGUUGGAAGAGUCUGCGAUGAUUUCUGACAUUAUGAUGCCACAUGCCAGUGAGAAUAUGACUAAAACCCUGGUUUCAAAUCAGCUGUUACCUUUGAAGCCUAAAAAUUUUGCACCUGAUGCAUCUAUACCAUUAGUACCGCUGGUAACCCAACAAUCUAGGUAUCAAAUUGGGGUUGGGAUAUCAGGUAUGCAAGAUCAUGGGCCAAAUUCUAUUGUCAAUCCAUCUGGAGCUUCGGUUGUUGGACAGGAGAUGAUCUCAUAUGCUGAAAAUAUGAACUCUACUGCUUCUUUCCAGGGGAAAAGGGAGAGUCAAGAUGGACAAUUAUCCCCGUUAUCCGGUUAUAAUAAUAGAGCUAGGCUUAACCUUUUGGGCUCUGAUGGAAUUCAACAUCAGCAUAUUGGGACAUCUAUGGACAAUCUGCAUGGAACUGAUGGAAGUUGGAAGAAGACAUUAUUAGAGCAACCAGUAAUGGUGGGUUCAGAUGCUAGUCAUUUGGAAAUGCAACAAUCACGGCUUCAACAAAGAUUAUCACAACAUGCAUGUAUGAGGACUGGUUUCACUCAGCCAUGGAACACUAUGGUUCAACAUGUUGAAAAAGAUUCAAGAAAAGAGGAUCAAUUUCAAAAAAGGAAAACAGCUCAAAGUCCACGGUUGUCUUCUGGGGCUUUGCCACAAUCUCCACUGUCUUCAAAGUCAGGAGAAUUUUCAAGCAGUUCAGUUGGACCACACUUUGGAGUUGUUGCAACAUCUGCUUCACUUGCAUCACACAAGGAAAAGCCAGCUGUAUCUUCGGUUCCGGUUGUAUCUAGUGCAAAUGAAUCAAUGCAGCGUCAACCUCAGGUUUCAACCACAAAUAAAAGAAGAUCAAAUUCUCUCCCUAAGACCCCAGGAAUUAGUGGAGUGGGCUCUCCAGCUAGUGUUAGUAAUAUUAGUGUUCCACUUAAUGCAAAUAGUCCUUCAGUUGGAACACCCCCUUUGAGUGAUCAAUCCAUCCUUGAUAAGUUUUUGAAAAUAGAAAGUGUGGUCAAGAGGUAUCAACUUAAUUCAAAAAAGAAUAAAGUUGAUGAUUGUCAGAUGAGAAAGCCAAACACAUAUUCAACCCAAAAUCUGUUGGUUUGUCUCCGCAGUGUUUCGAAUAACGAGGAUUUUAAAGAUGAGUUGAGGCCAUUAUCAAAGUCAUUGCUUGGUGGCAGUAUGAAUAUCUCCAAGUCCAGAGUCCUAAAUUUUGUAAUCCCAGAACGAAUACUACAAGGAAAUGUUGUAUCUAUUGUUCGUCAGUUACGGACUAGAAUGGUGAUGUUGGAGAAGGUGAAUGAUGGCACAGUAGCAAUGUAUUGUGGAGACAAAGAAGAUGGUGAUAUUUUGGCCGUGGAGGAAUAUCUUCCUAUAUUACCCAAUACGCACUCCGCCGACUUGCUUGCAACACAAUAUAGCUCCCUGAUGAUACGUGAGGGAUGUCUGGUGGAAGAUCUUAUACAUAUAAAACCCUCACGUAUGAGUUUUUCGUCAAGUGGUCAACCUAGUAGUGUUGGAGUUCUACCAAAUAAUAAUUCAGGAGCUGAGAUGCAGCAGUAUACCGAAGCAGUUUCUGGUCAGGCAAUACCCAGUGAAGUUGCAAAGCCAGCUUUAAAUUCAUCACAGAAUCUUCUAGCAAGCACCAGGAUGCUUCCUCCUGGAAACCCUCAGGCUGCACAUAUGUCUCAAGGACUUGUUUCUGGAAUUUCAAUGCCUGUGAGGCCACAGCAGCUUGACUCACAGCAAUCAGUUCAGUCUCAGCAACAACAGCAACCUGCAAACCAUCAUCUCUUUAUGCAGCAGCAACAACAGCUUCAGAGAUCAUCAAUGAUGCUUGGGCCAAAUUCAGUGUCAAAUUUGAAUUCAAACAUGCCACUAGGUAAUCAGAUGGUCAACAACAAAACAUCAGCUCUGCAACUUCAAAUGUUGCAGCCACAACAACAGACACAAAUGCAGAGGAAAAUGAUGAUGGGACUUGGAACUGCCGUGGGUAUGGGAAACAUGGGAAAUAACAUGGUUGGGCUUGGAGGCUUGAGCAAUGCAAUGAGUAUGGGAGGUGCAAGGGGAUUAGGAGCGGGAAUGUCAGCACCAAUGGCCCCAAUAUCUAAUAUGGGAAAUGUGGCUUCAAAUUCUAUGAAUCUUAACCAAGCUGCAAACAUCAGCAACGUUAUCAGCCAACAAUUUCGAUCUGGAAAAAUAACUCCACAAGCAGCAUUAGUGGCAUCAAAAAUCAGGAGUCAAAGAAUGUUAGGGCCAGCUGGAAUUUCCGGAGCUAGACAGAUGCUCCCAGGGCUCCCUGGGUCUACUGGUCUUUCAUCAAUGUUGUGCCAGAAUCUAAACCGGACUAACAUGAAUCCCAUGCAGCGGACAGCAAUGGGGCCACCUAAGUUAAUGACUGUGAUGAAUCCAUACAUGAGCCAACAACAGCAGCAACAGAUGCAACAACAACAAUUACAACAUCAACAAUUACAGCAACAACAACUUCAGCAACAGCUACAGCACCAAAUGCACCAGCAGCAACAACUGUUACAUCAACCACCACAACAGCCACCGCAAGAAACAACAUCGCCUCUGCAGGCUGUUGUUUCUCCAUCUCAGGUUGGCUCACCAUCAACUAUGGGGAUAACACAGUUGAACCAACAAUCGCAGCAACAGUUGAGUCCACAGUUGAACCAACAAUUGCAGCAACAGUUGAGUCCACAACAAUUCAGUCAAAGAACUUCAUUGAGUCCGCAACAGCUCAGUUCUGGGGCAAUUCAUGCCAUUAGUGCUGGUAACCAAGAGCCUUGUCCAACUAGCCCACAGUUGAGUUCUCAAACCCUUGGUUCGGUUGGUAGCAUUACAAAUUCUCCUAUGGAUUUGCAUGGUGUAAAUAAAAGCUAAUGCUUAGGUAAAGCUUGGAUGCCUGGUAUUUUACUUUUAAUACUUUCUGUCUACACGAUCUGAUGCUAUAUAUCUCAUGUUUGGUUUCAUACAUUGCAAAUGAAAGCUUUGGCUUUUAAUUCUCUCUUUGAUGGGUAAAGUGUAACUAGUGAAAACACGAGUGAAAUAGUGAGUAUUUACUGGGAAUGAAAUAGUGUGUAAGUACUGUGUUUCCUAUAUUUCUUUAGAAUAUAUAAUGUACGAUACAUAUUUGAGA